GUUCGUUCCCUUGAAUGUGAUAGGUGGCGCUGAAAACCAAUUCAGCGUGGUUUCAGUACGAAAGAAGUAUUAAUAGGAAAGACGAAAAUUGAGAGAGGAGCAACAGACGUUUUUGUACCUGUUGAAAAUGAGUACAAAGCUGUAUGUUGGCAAUCUACCUGAGACAUGCCGUAAGAUAGAUCUGGAGACUGUGUUUGCAAAGUAUGGAACCGUUGUGGAGUGCGACAUUGUACAGAACUACGCUUUUGUGCAUUAUGAAAAUCCAGAUGACGCAAAGAAUGCCGUGGAGAUGACUAAUGGUCUUGAUUUAAGUGGCAGUGCCCUAAAAGUUGAGCUGUCACAUAGCAAGGUUCGACAGAAGGCUGGGAUGGGAGGCAAGGGAGACUGCUACAGAUGUGGGAAGGAAGGACACUGGUCCAAAGACUGUCCAAGGGGACCUGUUAGAGGUCGUGGAAGGGCUCCUCUCGGACCAAGACGAGGUUAUGAUCCAUAUGAAAGGCCCUACAGGGAUCCUUAUGCAGAUCCAUACUAUCGAGACCGUUACCCACCACCACCUCCACCAAUAGACAGAUACAGGCCGUAUGCUGACCCGUAUGAUCGACGCCCGCUUCCCCCACCCCCAAGGGACCCAUACUACAGAGAAAGAGACCCAUAUGAGAGGCCCCCACCUGAAUACUAUGGCAGGAGGUCACCACCCCCAAGGGAUUCUUAUUAUGACAGCUAUGACAGCUACUAUGCCCGAAGUCGGAAUGUUUCCAAAAUUGGCCAGUCUCCAAAUUACCCUCCUCCACAUCACCCGUCAGAAGUGAGUCGGUCGUCUCCUCCGAGAAGUCGCGUGCCUGGUCCAUACUGACAUAGUCGGGCGCAAAGAUUUAACGUGACGAAGAAUUUGCGAUGAAUACAUCAGGACUUUGCGGAAAGGAGCUCCGAGUGUUAAUAUACACGAACUCUUCAAUACGGACUUAAUGCGUCUCGCACAGCUAGCUCCUGAAACCAGUAUCCAUGAACAGUUAUUACUUCAUGCUUUUAACAGUGGCGGUCGUGGUAACAAUUUCGAUAGAUUCAUUAACUCGCCUUUCAUUACUUUCAUGUUGUUACAAGUCGCCAAUGUUUUCCUCAUUGUAAUUACAUAUUUCAUACCAAUCGUGCUGACUACUUUUCAUAGUUAUGUAUUAAUCUCGCUGCGUUUCUGUAAUAAAUCGGUCAUCAUUGAUAUUUGAUAA